AUGUCAAGACAACCGUUCAGGGGACAGCGACGAAAACUAGUGCUUGCCCUCGAUGUAGGGACGACAUACAGCGGGAUAUCUUAUGCAGUGCUGGACCCAGGCCAGGUGCCAGAAAUCAAGCCUGUAACAAGAUUCCCAGCCCAUGAAUUCAUCAGCGGCGCCUCCAAAAUCCCCACCGUAAUCUGGUACGACCGCUCCGGCCAACUGAAAGCAGCGGGCGCCGAAGCCAUGCGCGAAGGCGUCUACGAAAUGGCCGAAGAUGAAGGCUGGGUCAAAGCCGAAUGGUUCAAGCUCCACCUCCGCCCGCGGUCCCAGUCAUCGCCCAACAUCUCUGCUGAAAUCCCGCCGCUCCCACCAGGGAAGACCGUAGUGCAGGUUUUCGCGGAUUUCUUGAGGUAUUUGAGGGAUUGUGCGACGUUUUAUAUUCAGGAUACGCAUGCGAAUGGGGCGGAGCUGUGGGAGUCGGUCAAGGGAGAUGUGGAUUAUGUGUUGUCGCAUCCGAAUGGGUGGGAGGGCGCGCAACAGGAGAUGAUGCGCCGGGCCGCUGCUUUGGCGGGUUUGAUACCGAACACACCGGAGGGCCAUGGUCGCGUCUCGUUCGUCACAGAAGGCGAGGCGAGUCUGCACUUUUCCAUCCAGAAUGGGCUGCCUGCUGGGGCCAUGACGAACGGUGAUGGCGUUGUCGUCGUCGAUGCUGGAGGCGGUACUAUUGACUUUAGUGCCUACGGCCGUAGCAACAGUCAAACAGGGGCCUUUGAAGAGAUCUCACCUCCGCAAUGCCACUUCCAUGGUUCCAUCUUCGUCAGCAUCCAUGCUCGAUUGUUCCUCGAAAAUUUCCUCGCUGAAUCCAACUUCUUUGAUGACCUGGAGCACAUCAUUCGCUGUUUCGACAAGACCACCAAACUAAGAUUCCGAAACAUCGACGAUCCUCAGUACAUCAAAUUUGGAUCGACACGAGAUACGGAACCGGAGUUCAACAUUCGCUUUGGACAGCUGAAGUUGCAGGGCACGGAUGUGGCCGGUUUCUUCGAACCCUCUGUACAAUGUGUCGUCAACGCUGUUCAUGAACAGAGAAAGCUCGCACACAGGCCUAUUUCACACGUCGUUUUGGUUGGAGGAUUCGCAGCCAGCGACUGGCUAUACUUCAAAGUCCGUGAUACCUUGAAGCCACAGGGCUUCAAUGUCGUCCGUCCAGAGAACCAUGUCAACAAAGCAGUGUCAGACGGUGCUAUAUCAUUCUACCUCGACCACUAUGUCGACAAACGAGUCGCCAAGAUGACCUAUGGAAACUUUUGCCAUAUCCCCUACAACGAUCAUGACCCAGAACAUAAGAGGCGCCACCACACCACUUUCAUGUCCAUGGCAGCCAACUUCUCGACAUUAUGCACCAUCGAGGCGGAUCUGUCCAGGCUGACGUUAAGACCUCUAUCGAACGGGCAGUUGAAGUACUACCGCUUAGACUACGCCAUUGUGUUACUCUUUGGAGCGACGGAAUUGAAGGCAAUGGUUGCGUGGACUGAGAACGGGGUGGAGAGGAGGAGUCCGGCUAAGAUCGUUUACAAUCAUGUCUAG